AUGAAUUAGAAAUUGUAAAUUCAGUUGGAUUUCGAUUCAGAAGACACUGAAGGAUCUGAUAUCUCAUUUGAAAGUUCAUUUGAUGAAUAAUUAGAAUAGGAGUUUGAAUAGAGUAUAAAUAUUGAUCAUAUUGUAAGCUUUGUAAUAGAAAGGUAUAGUUUAAUUUAAGGAUCAAAUGGAAAGAAUGUUAUAAUUGAAUUAAGAGAUAGGAACAAUCAAAUUAGAAAAAGCAAAUUUUGAGGAUGAAGAAGAGUUAAAGAAGCUAUUUCCACCAAAAUAAUCAGAAAAUUUGAUUUCUCGUAAAUCAAUAUCAAACAUAUAAAUGUAAAUAUAAAUUAUAGUGUAAGAAUGUCUCCUAGACAAAAAAGUUAAAGUGAAAAUAAAACCAAUUCAUAAUGGUAUUAAGUCUCUAAAAAUAUUCUCAACAGUUCUAAAAAAGUGGCAUCUUAACCAACUUUAGAGGAAUUUUAAUAAAGAUUGAAUUUAUUUCGGAUAAAUAAUACUAAAAGUGAUAUAGUAGAUUUAAUAAUAGAGGAAUAAGAUAAAUUAUUGAAAGAUAUUCAACAAUAAGAAAAAAAGAAUAAGGCUAUUGAAAAUGCAGUUCAUGAAUCAAUAGAAGCGAAAGUUAGGAAAGAAACAGGGGAUGUAGGAUAUGUUUCAUUUAGAAAGAAGAUUUAAUUUUAAUUUCGUAUAAGAAAAGCUGAAGAAAUGGCUUAGGAGAAAGUAUUGAAAUAAAAGGAGAAAAAAGAAACUGAUAUGCAUAGAUCACUUUAAAUAUUUGAUUAAUUGUUUUUAAGUAGAAAUUAUGAUGAAGAGGGAGAAGUUAAAAGUUUGGCUGCAGAAGAAUUAUAUAAGAAAGUUAAGAAAUGUUAAGAUGAUAUUGAUGUCAAAAAUACAAUUAUCUAAUUCAUUAUUUAGCAUAGGAAAAAAUAGAUUGAUGAAUACAAGAAUAAACCAACAAUCUUAAAACCUACUAAAUUUAUUUCAGAGGAUAGUAGAGAAUUUUCAUUACUAUAACCUAACAUGUAAUUUCGAUAGUAGAUGAUGCAAUAGUAAUUAAAUAAAGAAAUACUUGAUAAAAGGGAUGAUUUGGAAGGAGAAAACAUAUAUUUAUUAACAAAGAUAAAUUAAAUAUUGGAAGGAAAUCUCAUGAAAUUAUGGAAACAUAAAUUAGGAUCUAAAAUGUGA